AUGGCGACUGCCUUCAAAAACAUGCUCCACCCGCUGCACCACCAUCGCGACAAGAAAGAACCGCCCCAUUCCGGUCCCCUGCACGACCGUACCGACUCGGCCAUGGACAAGCCGCGCGAACAGGAGAAGCAGCAGUUGGCGCUGUGGGAGGCUCAGAAGCACACCCUCACCCCCGAGGAAAUCGACAUUGACCCUCAGAAGAAGCCCGUCGGCCACUCGUCAAAAGUGCUGCGAGAGGAAGACUUUGAGCUCAUCAAGACGCUCGGAACCGGCACCUUUGCGCGCGUCUGGCUCGUGCGACUCAAGGAUGCAAAGCCCGGCGACGAGAACAAGGUUUUUGCUUUGAAGAUUCUACGCAAGGUGGACGUCAUUCGUCUCAAACAAGUCGAGCACGUCCGAAACGAGCGCAAUGUCCUCGCAAAGGUCGCCGGCCACCCCUUCAUAACCACCAUGGUCGCCAGCUUCCAGUCACUCGAUUCGCUCUACAUGGUACUCGACUACUGCCCUGGCGGCGAAGUCUUCAGUUAUCUGAGAAGAGCACGGCGCUUCAACGAGCCCACUUCGCAGUUUUAUGCUGCUGAGAUUGUGCUGAUAUUGGAGUUUCUACACGAGCGCGAGGGCGUGGCAUAUCGUGAUCUAAAACCAGAGAAUAUCCUCAUAGACGCAGAGGGUCAUCUCAAAUUGGUAGAUUUUGGGUUUGCGAAAAAGGUAGACAACAGGGAGACGUACACGCUCUGUGGUACUCCCGAGUACCUGGCUCCCGAGGUCAUUCGUAAUACAGGCCAUGGCACAGCAGUCGAUUGGUGGGCAUUUGGCAUCCUUGUGUACGAAUUCCUCGUUGGGCAACCGCCCUUCUGGGAUCAGAAUCCUAUGAAGAUCUACGAACAAAUUGUAGAAGGACGCGUCCGCUUUCCGUCUGCAAUGUCACCGACUGCACGGGAUCUUAUCUCUGGCCUCUGCACCGUCGACACCUCUAAGCGUCUGGGAAAUGUCGCUGGUGGUGCUCAACGUGUCAAGGACCAUGAGUGGUUUAAAGACAUUGACUGGCAGAAGAUAUAUAACCGCGAAACCCAAGGUCCUAUAGUACCACACCUACGGGGCCCAGCUGACACGCGGAAUUUUGACGAGUAUGAGCCAGAGUCAGAGAACAGAGAACCAUAUACCAAGGAAUUGAGUGACCGGUGGGAAGAGAGUUUCAAGGACUUUUAA